AUGUCCGGGGAAUCGUCAGAGGAAGGUUCGGCGUGGAGCGCCAACGCCACCACCAACCGCUCCUCGUGCGACCCCCACCUCCACAUCUCUGACUGCGGGUCCGAGCCGGGCUUGGACGGCGCCGCGGCGUUGCGCGUCGUCAUAUCCGCCGUGUACUCGCUGGUGUGCGUGCUGGGCCUGGUGGGCAACUUGCUGGUGCUCUACUUGAUGAAGACCAAGCGCGCUUGGAACAAAUCGUCCAUCAACCUGUUCGUCACCAGCUUGGCGCUGACCGACUUCCAAUUCGUGCUGACGCUUCCUUUCUGGGCGGUGGAGAACGCGUUGGACUUCACGUGGCUCUUCGGGCGCGUCAUGUGCAAGGCUGUGUCCUACGUGACGGCAAUGAACAUGUACGCCAGCGUCUUUUUCCUCACGGCCAUGAGCGUGGCGCGCUACAGUUCCCUGGCGUCGGCGCUCCACAGCCGGCGUCGACGGCAGCUUCUAUUGCCGCAGCUUCGGCGGUGCGGCGGGGCGCCCUUGGUGGCCGCCUUCAUUUGGGUGGCUGCAGCCUGCGCCGCGCUGCCGCACGUCGUCUUCUCCACCACCGUGCGCGUGUCGGGCGAGGAGGAUCUGUGCCUGGUUAAAUUCCCGGAGAGGGAGGGCACCAGCGCGCAACUCUGGUUGGGACUCUACCACUCGCAGAAGGUUCUCCUGGGCUUCGUGGUGCCUCUCAUCAUCAUCUCGGCUUGCUAUCUUCUGCUUUUACGCUUCGUGGCAGCCAACAACGACGCCAACACGGCGAGCGCCAAGAGGCGGGCCAAACUGACUAAGUCGGUCACCAUCGUGGUGCUCUCCUUCUUCUUGUGCUGGCUGCCCAACCAGGCGCUGACGGCGUGGGGCAUCCUCAUCAAGCUGAACGUGGUGCAUUUCACCUACGAGUACUACACCACGCAGGUGUACGUGUUCCCCGUGUCCGUGUGCUUGGUGCACUCCAACAGUUGCCUCAACCCGGUGCUGUACUGCCUGAUGCGUCGCGAGUUCCGCAAGGCGCUCAAGAAACUCUUCCGCAGGAUCGCCUCGCCCGCGCUCACCACCCUCAUUAGACCCAUCACUGGCACCACCAAACCAGAGGCGAACGAACGGGGGGAUGGCCAGAAUGCGGCGGCAGCGGCGGCUAUCUCUGGGGGACCCAGGGAGCCCGAGGGAGUGCUCUUCUACCCUCCAGGGGCGACAAUGUGA